AUGUCUGAAAGAUUAAGAGAACUAGCAGAGGUUCCUCAAGCAUUCAUUAAAGAGGGUACUCUGUUUGUGAACCGAUGUACUAAACCCACUCAAAAAGAAUAUAUCCAGCUGUGUAGAGCUAUAGCGGUAGGAUUUGCCAUCAUGGGAUUCAUUGGGUUCUUCGUAAAAUUGAUUCAUAUACCCAUGUAA